GCUGUAUCCAAGAAAAUUCUAAAAUCUUUAAAAUCUGGUGAUAAAGCUCAAAUAUACAAUGGAUCAGAAAAUGAUGAAUUCUCGGAUGUAACGUCAACAGAUGAAAUCGAUAUCGAUUCUAUUCGUGCUAGAGGGUUUGCUACAAAUUAUUUGCUAGGAGAAAGAUUAUGUCAUGUAGUUCCUAAUUCCGAAUUGCACUCUAUUAAAACAGUCGGUGAUUUGAUUGAUUUUUACGGUCGUCCAUUUCGAAAUCUCACUAAAUACGCACAGAUGGCUCGAGACAACAAACGGACAUUACCAAAAAAUUUGCACAUUAUAGAGCAUCCAUUCCGUUUUCACCCAGAAGAUAUUCACUCUUACCACGGGGGUGAGACAGCUUUCCCCGGUAAAGGCGGUGAAGUGAUCAGUUUGCGGAAUAAAAGAUUGUAUCGUCAAUUUAAACCAAAAGAGCAUUGGUUCGAUUACGAAGAAGAAACAUUUGAUUAUGAGCGUCCAGAUAAAGGAAUGCCAUGGGACCCAGAAAUUGCAGAACGUAUGGAUCAAUACCCAACUAAGAGGUAUAAUUUGAAGGCAAAGGGGUUCAGAAGAACUUGA